ACACACACACACACACACACACACACACACUCACACACUCUCACACACACUCUCAUUCAGUCUGAGAAGUAGUGCUGGAUGGAAGAUGCUGGGGGAGCUGGUGGUGUUCGGACUGUGAGUGAGGAGAAUCUGAGGAUAUGGAUUCUGGAGGAGUCUGUUCUGGACCGCAGAAGACCGUGGUGAUGCUGAUGGUGAUGAUGGUGAUGAUGGUGAUGAUGGUGAUGAGAUGGGAGGUUUCCUGCACGACAGUGGAAGACAGAUGUGCAUCUUCACCAUGUCAAAACAGUGGAAUCUGUAUAAACACAGCAGAAGAUUAUAACUGCCUCUGCCUUAUCCACCCGCUGAUCUACGUGGGUAAAGACUGUGAGCGGCUGUAUGAUGCCUGUGCCCACGCCAACUGCUCCACCUGCAUCAGCACCCCGGGAACAGCGGAGUUCUCCUGCCGGUGCUCGGAGGGCUCCACCGGUCCAGACUGUUCACCGGAGGUUAAUGAGUGUGAGAGUAACCCCUGCACCGGGGUAAAGAGUCACUGUGUGGACGAAGUCUACGGAUACUCCUGUUACUGUCCGAGCGGAACCGGCGGAGACGACUGCCUGACGCCGGUCCGGGACUGUUCCAACGACCCGUGCUUCAAUAACGCCACCUGCAGGUGGGCACCGUCCGGGUACGAAUGCCACUGUGCCCCCGGGUUCCAGGGCAGCCACUGCGAACAGGAUAUUGAUGAGUGUCUGUCUCAGCCCUGUCAGAACGGCGCCAUCUGUCUGGAUGGUAUAGAUGUGUACCAGUGCUUCUGUGUUCCCGGGUUUCAGGGGUAUCACUGUGAGAUAGAUAUUAACGAAUGCGCUUCACGACCCUGCGAGAACAACGGAACCUGUAUCAACGGGAAGGAUCGAUAUAUCUGUGAUUGUUUAGUUGGAUUUACAGGUGUGAACUGUGAGGUGGAGAUAGAUGAGUGUGAGGCGGCUCCGUGUCAGAAUGGUGCUACCUGUCGGGAUGGUGUGGGGCUGUAUGAGUGUGAAUGCUUACCUGGGUUUGAUGGAAUCGAUUGUGAGGUGGACGUUGAUGAAUGUGCGUCUGAUCCGUGUCUCAACAGCGGGGAAUGUGUUGAUAUGAUCAACAGUUAUGAGUGUGACUGCAGUGGAACUGGGUUUAUUGGGGAGAUCUGUGAGGAGGAUAUUCUGGAGUGUGAGUCUGACCCGUGCCAACAUGGAUCUACCUGCCUGGAGGGAGUUAACCACUACACCUGUCUCUGCUGGCCAGGCUAUGAGGGGGUUAAUUGUGAGGUGGACGUGGACGAGUGUGAGUCUGAGCCGUGUGAGAAUGGUGGGGAGUGUUUUCAGCGCUCAGACCCGAUCCACUACGCUAUCCUUCCCCAGCUGCACCUGAACUUUACCUACGAACACGCUGCUGGCUUCCUGUGCCGCUGCCUGCCUGGAUUUACAGGAGAAAACUGCUCAGUUAAUAUAGAUGAGUGUGAGUCCACGCCCUGUAAAAAUGGAGGGAGCUGUGAGGACCUGAUUAAUGCGUAUCAGUGUGUUUGUGCUCCAGGGUUUACAGGUGUAGUGUGCGAGAGGAACAUCGACGAGUGUGAAAGCGACCCGUGUCAGAAUGGUGCCACGUGCGAGGACGGCGUUAACGAGUACACCUGUCACUGCCCCGCCCCCCUGCCCGACCACCUGCCCUGGGGCGGCCGGCGCUGCCACAUCGCUCUGAUUGGCUGCGUGGAUCACACCUGCCAGAACGGAGCUACCUGUUCACCUUCGCUGGAUGAAGAGCGUCACGAUCAUCGGUACACCUGCAGGUGCCCUCCUGGUUACUAUGGCGAUCACUGCAACACCUCCACCACCUUUUCCUUCUCCUCAGAAGAGCACGUGGUCCUGGAGGUUCCUGACGACAGGACUGAAGAGGAGGUUCCGGGUGUAGCUCUGAGGUUCAGAACCACGUUACCUGAUGGAGUUCUGUUCUUCAGGGGGAGUUCUGAGCAUUUCCUCCUGCUGGAGAUGAGCGGAGGAGAUCUUCACGCUUCAGCAGAGUCGGGACAGAUGAAGCUGGAGGUGCAGAUGGAUGGAGAAUUUAACGACGGGAAGUGGCACGGUGUUUCUGUGUACGUGGACGAGAAGCUGGUUCUGAUUUUAAAGAAUAAAGAUGAAGAUAAAAGAAGAGUUGAGGACGGAGGACGUAAUCAUCUCCUGUUCUUUCCUCCACUCGGUCUGCAGAACGUUUACCUGGGUGGAGUUCCUCAGGAAUACCUGCAUCAAACCAAGACAGGAAAAGGAUUUAUCGGUUGUUUUGAGGAUCUGCUGAUGGAUUCGCAGCCUGUUCUCCCUCAGAGCCUCCCCUCAGAGCAGGCCCAGAAGAUUCAGCUCGGCUGUGAGAAGACUGACUGGUGUCGUCCGGACUCGUGUUCUCUGCAGGGACGCUGUGUCGACCUGUGGACGGAGUUCAGGUGUGACUGCUACAGACCUUUUUACGGAGAUACCUGUGAUCAAGAGCACACUUCAUGGACGUUCAGUCACGAGCGAAACAGAAGCUUUGCAGCGUUUCCCGUCACUCAGACUCACGGUGGAAACUUCACUCUGUCUCUGUUUCUUCGCUCUCUGAAAGUCGACGGUCUGCUUUUCCAGUUGAAGCGCAGGAAUCGUCCGUAUUUCAGCGUGUUCCUGCGCCGGGGCGCGGUGCACGUGGCCGUUUACUCCUCCGUUAGAGGAAGUUCUGCGUUCGUCACUACCGGAGAGAAGGUCAUGAUUACGGUUGAAAUAAAAGAUGGAUACCUUUACUACAAUCAGACUGAACUGCUCUUCAGCCCCGGGAAUUUCACCAGCUUCAGGGUGGAGGCCGGAGACGUGGCGUUUCUUGGAGGACUUCCUGAAGUGGACGGUACGGCUCAGUGGGGAGGACACUUCAAAGGGUGCCUACAGGAUGUGCGAUUGGACGAUGUAAAGUUCUAUAUAAACCAGAGCGUCCAAAAUCCUGAAACACCAAACUAUUCAUCAAGUAUUUCAUAUAAUAUCCUGGAGAACUGUGUCAGCGACCAAAUGUGUAAAGAUAACCCCUGUGUGAACGGAGGAGAGUGCCAGUUGGUGUGGAAUGAUUUUGUGUGUUCCUGUUCACUAAACUACACGGGGAAGACCUGUGAUACACGAGUGUGGUGUGUUAGUGACCCGUGUGUUAUGGGCAGUCAGUGUGUGGACCUGCCGGACGGAUAUGAGUGUUUGGCUAACGCUACGUUUGAGAAUAAUGCUUUGCGGUACGCAGCUAACGGGUCUCUGUCUGCGUCGGUGUUGACGGUUUCGGUGGAUCUGAGGACGCGGGAGGACAGCGGGACGCUGCUGAGAGCCGCCAGCGGUCUGGACUUCUUCUGCCUGGGUCUCCUGAACUCGUCCCUGCUGGUGAAGAUCCGCAGCGGGGACACGGUGGAGGUGCAGGCCUUCUCCAGCGACGUGGAGGUCUCUGAUGGAGCGUGGCACCGGGUGGAAGUCAGGAAGAGUCCUCGGCACGCCGCGUCUCGGUGGCACCUGACGGUGGACGGACGGGCGUCCGGCUCCAGUCGAGUAGUCCUGGGGAAUCUGGACUUCUUUAACGUCUCCACGGUGUGGCUGGCGGAGAACUUUACCGGUUGUUUGGGGGAGGUGCGGGUCGGGGGUGUGUAUCUGCCGCUGUUGGACGGUCUUCAGGUGGAGGAGCCUCGGGGGGCGCGGUUCACGUGGUACGGCGGCGUGGCUGAGCCGCAGCUGGGGUGCCUCGGUGCCUCCGUCUGCGAUUCUCAGCCGUGUCUGAACGAUGGCGAGUGCCGGGACAUCUUUAACCACUACAGCUGCCACUGCGUCACAGGGUGGGGUGGGGAUCGCUGCCAGGAUGAGGUAGACGAGUGCGCCUCGGGGCCCUGUGUCCACGGGAUCUGCAGGGACCUGCUGGGGGGGUAUCAGUGCGAGUGCUCCUUGGGAUACGGCGGCGUACACUGUGACGAGGACGUGGACGAGUGCCAGGAGCAGGCGUGCGAGCACGGGGGAACCUGCGUGAACACAGUGGGGGGAUUCGACUGCACCUGUUCACCACACUAUAGAGGCCCACGCUGCCAAUGGAUUUAUCCUCCUCUGCGGUGUGAGGUAGACGUGCAGUGUACAAACGGAGGCGUCUGUAUGGAUGGACUCUGGGGGGCGAACUGCACCUGCAAACCUGGUUAUAUUGGAGAUAAGUGUGAGGUGGACGUGGACGAGUGUGAGUCCAGCCCCUGUGUGAAUGGAGGAACCUGUAUGGACAGACAGAAUCAUUACCUGUGUGACUGUCUCCCCGGCUUCAGUGGAGAUAACUGCCAGGCUAUCAGGCAGCCUCACAGGGAGCGUAUCCCGUGGCUGGUGGUGGCGAUCCCGCUGAUGUGUCUGGGUGCGGUGCUGGUGGUGGUGGGGCUGGUCUGCAUGGCGCUCACCGCCCGCAAGAAGCGCCAGUCUGAGGGAACGUACAGCCCCAGCCAGCAGGAGGUGGCAGGAGCUCGUCUGGAGAUGGGAAACGUGCUGAAAGUUCCUCCUGAGGAGAGACUGAUUUAACCUGAAGACGCUGGAGACGGUCUGACUCUAAAAACCUGUGAAUGUAAUAUAGUAUACAGUACAGACCAAAAGUUUGGACACAGCUUCUCUUUUUCAGUGCGUUUUCUUUAUUUUCAUGAUUAUUUACAUUGUAGAUUCUCACUGAAGCAUCAAAACUAUGAAUGAACACAUGUGGAGUUUUAUGUACUUAACAAAAAAUGAGCUGAACCUCCACAGUCACCGGACCUGAACCCAAUCCAGAUGGUUUGGGGUGAGCUGGAGCACAGAGUGAAGAAGACAAAGGAGCAACAAGUGCUAAACAACACCUCUGGGAACUCCUUCCUUCCUUCAAGACUGUUGGAAAACUUUUCAUUUCAGGUGGCCACCUCUUAAAUGAAGCUCAUUGAGAGAAUGAUGCCAAGAGUGUGCAAAGCAGUAAUCAGAGCAAAGGGGGCUAUUUUGAAGAAACUAGAAUAUAAAACAUGUUUUUUGUCAAGUACAUAAAACUCCACAUGUGUUCAUUCUUAGUUUUGAUGCUUCAGUGAGAAUCUGUGUUCAAACUUUUGGCCUGUGCUGUAUGUAUCAGUGUGAUGUCCUUUAAGGAGAUGAAGCAGUAUUCUGGUCCAUCACUGCAGGUGGAGAGACUUGUGACAAAGCCAUAAUGGUUGUGGUUGAUGAUUAGAUUUAUGAAGAUCUCUGUGAAUAAUGGGGUAAAAUUCCUGCUUUCUGCUUCGUGUACAGAAUAAUAUUUAACUGACUUUUCAGAUUAAGACACAAAAACAAUGGUUUACAACAAAUAAGUGAUCUCAUUACACUCACUGUCAAAAAAAGACUAGUUCCACUUGAAGGAAUUAACCCAUGAAUCUCUUUCACACGGAGUGCGGCUACUAAUAUAAUCGUAUAAAACUCAGUUCAUUUAGAUAAACUUAAUAUGAGUAAGGAUAUAAGUAAAGUUCAAUCAAUCAAAUAUCAUCAAAUAUUAAUGAUGGAUUGAGGUUUCGUUGUGUUGCUACCAUGAUUUAAAAGUGAAACUAAACUGGGUCAGUAGUACUUUAUAUGUAUGUGUGUUAAAGCUGGUGUGGAUGGAUACUGCUGAACAUGUGCCAGUCUGGUUGUAUACUACUGUGAGUAACUAGUGUGUGGAGCAUCCUGUGAGGGGGACUUUGAUUACAGAGGGGUUGUACCUUGCUGCAUUGACUAUUAACUACACAGUUUGUUGUUUUCUAGCAAGUCCUUGGUUUGCAUGUCCUGUUGCAACAGGCCUUCAAAUGCUUGGGCACCAUUUAAGCCAACUAUGGACACUAUCUUGGUCCCAUCAGAUCGCAGGACAUGGUUCCAGGUUUCCAUGCUCUUGAACUGUUUGCCUUUAUGUGUAGCUCACAAAAUAUUGACCAUAUCAGACUAAAUUAUGAACCAUUUAUUUUUCCUUGGUGGUCUUUAACUUUUGACAGUGAGUGUACUGUAUCUAUUACUAUAAAAUACUGGUUUUAGCAUCUCUGUUACUCUCUUGAUUUUAGGCCUCCACAAUGUCUUGUACAAUAAUUGUGUUUUUUUUGGUAUUCUGUACAUUUAAUAAGGAAUUAUUAGAUUAUUAUUAGAUAUUUAACUGUAAUAUGUUCAACUGUCUCAACUUAACUUGAGAUAAGCAAUCCAGAAUCUCUCUCUCUCUCUCUCUGUAAUCUUCUAUACCUCUUCUCUUCUCCAGUGCCAUUCAUCAUAAGAACAUGGUCAUUUUUUUGGGCGUGUGUUUUGUCUCAGUCUGUGGUGCUGUAGAUUUAUCUGUGAAUAGUAGUUUACACUGUGUGCAUUUCACAAUCCUGCCUGCGUCCGCUGUUUGGGCUGCGUACAGUGGUCUAAAAGAGGGAAUGCAUUAUUAGCCAAUGACGUGACUGCUGUCUUUUAUUACUGUGAUCUUUUUUAGCCAAUCAGAUAACAACUGAAAUCUUCCACUGUGGUAUAAAAUUACACAAACCAGUCAUUACAAAAUACAGAAAAACACGUCUUUGAGUCAUUUGCCAGUGUAUCACUGACAACUGACUCACCGUUUUCCCUUUUUUGGUAUUUUUUUGUGGCCCACGACCCACCGCUCUGUGCCAAACUGUCUGGGUUCAGCUUGGAUUAAAUGAUGGUAAAGUGAUUGGAAGUUUUUGGAAAUUAAAUAAUUGUAAGUGUAAAGAACCAGUGAAAAGUUUGGACACCUAUUAAAAAAGUAUAUGGAAUUAUUUAGUAGCCAAAAAAAAGUGUUAAACAAACCAGAAUAUCUUUUAUACUUUAGAUUCUAUCAGUUAACAGCUGUGCUGAACAAGAAUCAAGAGUUAAUUACUUGAAUGUUUUCAAGUAAUGAAAUUAUUAUUUUAUUAUAUACAUAUAUAUCAAUAAUCAAUAUCAAUCAAUAAUCCCGCCCUCCUUCUGACGUCCAAUCAUCUGCGUCUCACUGUGCUAUGAUAGGCACACUGCUGCUGCAGCUCAGCCAAUCAGCUCUCUCUUCUGCCCUGCCCCUAAACCCAUACAUCACCCAGUGCUCCUUCCAAACAACAACUCCUAUGUUUUAUAGCAUUUUUUCAAAUUUGUUCUGAGAGUGGAGUCAGCAAAAAUCGAAGGGGUUUAGUUACACUUUAAAUGUAAAUGUGGCACAAUCUAUUUGCAUGCUGGAUGUGUAUUUUUAAAAUAUUUGGAUAUGUUUUAAAUAAGGGGUAAAACAAAAGUAAAACCACAUGCCUUUUAUUUUAUAUAUAUAUACAUAUAUAUAGCUACCUAAACACCAAAUACUAAAGAUUUUACAAACUCAUUUUAUAUUUCUCAACAUGCUGUUUUCCUACAGUGGAAUAUAUUUUUGCGACGUUUGACAAAUCAGCAUUUAUUUGAUGUUGAUGUAUUGCUGCAUUUUAAAUUCUUAAACUCAGAAAAUGUAUUACGCUUCGUGACAGUCACUGGAAUAAAGCUCUUCUCUCAUCCGCUGAGCUUUGUUAUUUUUAUUUUUUUUUUCUAGUAGUAGUUUGGUCUGUAGACACUGUAAAUAUUAUAUACAUAUAUAUCUAUAAUUAACACUGGAUUUUUCUUUUAUAAUAUCCGUAGUAAUGUGAUAUAUAUUCACUGGACAGGUUGACACACUGAACACUUCUGUACAUUGUUUUUCUUCUCUGUUGUGAUUUGAGAUAAUGUGAGAUAUGACUGUAUCUGUAUAUUUUUGUACUAUGUUUUUGCUAUAUAUUUCUUACCUGAUGUACAUUUCUCUACAUUUCUGGAGUCUGGCUGAAUUUAGGCAGAAUUUGUUAUAGAUUUACUCUUUAAAAUGUUAUUAUUGUAAAUGUACUGUAUGUUAUAAUAUGUAUAUUGUUCUUAUUCUUGUUGUCAGUUGAUAAUAAAACAGAAAAGGUUUUAAAAA